AGUUGUAGUUCCGCCUCCUACCUUAACUCACCCGUCGAGCAGCGGCUUGGAAGCCUGAGGCAUUCCACCGUCUUCGGUGCUUGGUUUUGAAGAUGGAUCCCGGCCCCGACGGGGCGCCGCUGGCUGGCCUGGCCUGGUCCUCGGCCUCGGCGCCCCCGCCACGGGGGUUCAGUGCGAUAUCCUGCACAGUAGAGGGGGCGCCCGCCAGCUUCGGCAAGAGUUUCGCGCAGAAAUCUGGCUACUUCCUGUGCUUCAGUACCUUGGGCAGCCUGGAGAAUCCACAGGAGAACGUGGUGACCGAUAUCCAAGUCCUGGUGGACAAGAGCCCCCUCCUGCCGGGUUUCUCCCCGGUCUGCGACCCCCUGGACGCCAAGGCCUCCAUUUCCAAGAAGAAACGCAUGUGUGUGAAGUUGGUGCCCCUGGGGGCCGCGGACACAGCUGUGUUUGACAUCCGGCUGAGCGGGAAGACCAAGACAGUGCCUGGAUACCUUCGAGUAGGGGACAUGGGUGGCUUUGCCAUCUGGUGCAAGAAGGCAAAGGCCCCGCGGCCAGUGCCCAAGCCCCGAGGUCUCAGCCGGGACAUGCAGGGCCUCUCCCUGGACCCAUCAGCCCAGCCCAGCAAGGGACGCUUCCCGGAGGGGACCUUGUCAAGACUGGGCUCACGGGCCUCAACCCUGCGGAGGAGUGACUCCAUCUAUGAUGCCUCCAACCUCUACGGCAUCUCAGCCAUGGAUGGGGUUCCCUUCACACUGCACCCCCGAUUUGAGGGCAAAGGCUGCGGCCCUCUGGCCUUUUCUGCCUUUGCUGAUCUUACCAUCAAGUCGCUGGCGGACAUUGAAGAGGAGUACAACUACGGCUUUGUGGUGGAGAAGACAGCUGCUGCACGUCUGCCCCCCAGCGUGUCGUAGCCCAUUCACCAUUCCAGGGAAGAGACCGCUGCCCCACGCCCCCUGGACUGGUGGCUCGCCACCCUAGCCCAUGUUGGGGACCUUGGCAGCGCAGGGCACCCUGGACCCUCAGCCACGUGGGGAGCUACCACCCUGGAGGAGGUUGACCUGGCUGCUUGGUGACGGGCCUCCUGCCCCAAUCCCUAUAGGGCAGGGGUGGGGCCUAGGUGGAAACCAGUGCCUUCAAGUCAUUUGUGUCAAAACUCUGGUGCCUGGAGGCCACACAGCCGUCCCCUUGGCAAUAAACACUGUGCUGUCUGUC